AUGUCGGGAUCCAACCUCUCCGACCGGUCCGCCGCCUCUACUCCUCCGGUCGUGAAGCCGCCGAAUCCCUUCGACUCUUCCGCCGGCUCCACCGCCGCCACUCUUCCCGAUCCUGCCUACAUUCGUGAUGUUCCCAUCGAACGUCGCGUUCCGGUCAUCCUCUCCCACAACGAGGCGAAUUUUUAUGCUUGGAAGACAUACUUCAAUCUCCUUUUUCGUGAGUAUAACCUGCAGGACCACAUCGACGACACAGCCAACCUCUUCGUCCUGAACCGUGACGCCGACUGGCUAGCGAUCGACGCCACCAUCAUCAGGUGGCUCUUCCUCACCGUGUCCAAGGACAUCUUCCACACCGUCGUUCGCGACAAGGAUGAUGCAUGCACGGUGUGGAACAAGAUCGUCGGCCUCUUCACCGACAACAAGCUCCAACGGAUCGUCUUCCUGCAGCAGGAGUUCUUCGGGUGCCAUCAAAACGACUCCUCCGUCGACGCCUUCUGCAUGCGUCUCAAGACCCUCUCCGACGAGCUCAAUGACAUCGGCUUCAAGGUGGGCGACGAGUUGCUCCUCUCCACCCUCACCGCCGGCCUCAAUGAGGAUCUCGGCAACGCCGCCUCCAACCUCACCCUCAUGGCGAACCCUACCUACGAGCGGGCGGUGGCUUAUCUUCGUCUCGAGGAAUGCCGGUUGAAGCAUCUUCGCUCCCGUGCCGUUCAUACCGCCUUCGCCGCUGGCUACUCGCGCGGUGGCCCCGCGCCCUCAGGCGCGCCUCCCGGCUUCCCAGCGCCGUACCAGGCGCCCCGGCCACCGGCGCCUUCCGCGCCGCAAGGCGCCUACGGCGCCCCCUACCAGCAGCGGCCACCGGCUCCUCCUGCGGCUCUUCCUCAACAACUGCCGCAGCAGCAGCCCCAGCAGCAGCAGCGCCAGAGGCGCCGCGGCCGCGGCAAAGGCCAGACGCAGCAGCAACAGCCGCGCCCCGGGCCUGUCCAGCAGCAGCCGACGCCGCCUUGGGGGGGUGGCCACAACCCCUGGACAGGGUUUGUGCACGCCUACACCAUGCCCGUGCCCCGCCCACCCGCUCCAAGCCUCCUUGGGCCCGGUCCCUCCAGCCAUCAGGCCUUGUUCGCCGGUCCGCAACCCGGUCCGGUCGCUCCACCGGCCUACUACUCUCCUGCUCCGGUUGGCUAUGGCGGGCCAACCACCAACACAGGCGUGACCGGCUCCUCCGACUAUCCCGUGCCGGUCUCUUAUGAUCCGGCCCUACUUGCUGCUCUUCAUCAGCAGCCUCCGGUCGGGACUUAUUCCGGCGGUGGCGAUUGGCCUACGGCGCCCCCUACCAGCAGCGGCCACCGGCUCCUCCUGCGGCUCUUCCUCAACAACUGCCGCAGCAGCAGCCCCAGCAGCAGCAGCGCCAGAGGCGCCGCGGCCGCGGCAAAGGCCAGACGCAGCAGCAACAGCCGCGCCCCGGGCCUGUCCAGCAGCAGCCGACGCCGCCUUGGGGGGGUGGCCACAACCCCUGGACAGGGUUUGUGCACGCCUACACCAUGCCCGUGCCCCGCCCACCCGCUCCAAGCCUCCUUGGGCCCGGUCCCUCCAGCCAUCAUGCCUUCUUCGCCGGUCCGCAACCCGGUCCGGUCGCUCCACCGGCCUACUACUCUCCUGCUCCGGUUGGCUAUGGCGGGCCAACCACCAACACAGGCGUGA